AUGAUGAGAAUGACGAGGACGAAGAUGGUUAUCUCUGGGUGUCCUUCAACCCUGGAAGAGACUGCAAUAGUCCUUCUGGAUGCCGGGUUCACACCUCAAGAAUGUCCUGUCCUUAGAGAGAAGAUCAAGAAAGUUGUUACGACUAAAGUAGAGAAUAGGACGCACAACCUCAAGUUUGACCUCGAGUACAGUUGCACUGCUUUUGCUGUUCCAGAUCCUUUUGGUGUUCUGGGGCCCAAUGAAGUUCACAUUAAGAGCUCUCGGAGGAACCUUAAAACAGAAGAUGGAAUGAUGACGGAUAUAAUCGUUGGGGAUGUUCUGCUUACACGAAGCCCCUGUAAGAUGCCUAUCGAUGUCCAGAAGGCCAAGGCAGUCGAACACCCGCUGCUUCGCAACUAUGUCGAUGUCAUCGUUUUCUCCAUCCAAGGUCUUCGACGACUGAUUGACUUGCUUGGAGGAGGUGACUACGACGGCGAUGUUAUUCUUGCGAUAUGGCAGAGCCUAUUGGUUGAGCCUUUCCAGAACACCGAGGACAAGCAUACUCCGGAAUCUCUUCAUUUGGACAUAGCUUUCACCCGCGAUACAGAGACCGGGCAAGCUUUCUUGGAGCGGGUACAAACAUAUGAACCAGAGAAGAUGAUUCAAGCUAUGCAACACUACCUACUUGGUGGCCUUCGUGACACGUCCCUUGUAGGAAAGUAUUCUACUAUGCAUACUAAUGCCAUCUACGAACUUGGCUAUCAUAAUCCAAGGACCAUAAAGCUUGCGUAUAAAUUCUGCCGCGUCCUCGAUGCACCGAAAACUGGGUGGAGAAUAAAGUCUAAAACGCUGGAGGAGGAUCUUCGCACCUACCAUUCCACUCGUGGCCCCGAAUGGAAGAUAUCCAAAGACACCAAGAAAUCUAAACACACUGCCGACACCAGAAACUUGCCCGUUCUCAAACGCGAUGAACGCUCAGAGUUUGCCAAAGGCAGAUUUAUCAUGGACACUCUAAUGCGAGCUGCCAAGAAAGAGAGGGAUCGUCUCUUGGCCGAAAUGGAGACUUUCUUCAAAGAUGAACGUAACACGACUCGACCUGAUCCUGUCCUACUCCAACCAUGGAACAACGCUGAGGCCUGGGCAGCAACCGGGUGCCCGCACUCAGUUGCGGAGAAGAAGGCAGACCUGGAGAAGAUCAAGAACCAUGUCCACAAGAUCUAUAAAAAAGAAAGAGACCGCCUCAGCGCCAGUGCCAAGGGCUCUUUUACCUCCUUGUCGAUUGAAGUUCGCCAGGACAUCCUCCGUGCACUGUCGAAAGAGUUCGCCUCCUACCCUGACAUGGCCGAUGUGCCCAGCAUUCCUGAUUCCGCUACCCUCGCCCGCUUCCGUGCCUCAUAUGCAUAUAAGUACGAUAUGCAUGAGCAGAAGAACAGAGAAGGCUGGAGCCGCUUUCCUUGGAACGUUGCUUUGAGGGAACUCUGUGCGAUCAAGGCAGCUACCGACCCUUACAAGGUGGUUACAAACGAAUUUUAUGAAAGAUUCAAGUUGACGCAACGUCGUUGA